AUGAAGGAAUUGUGGGAUAUAUUUAUCCAAGCGGAAAAGAGAUCAAAGGAGCUGGAAGUGGAGUUGGCAACAUACAUAGAGAAAUUAGAUAAUGAAAAAUGUGUGACUGCCACCAUGACAGUGGAAUCUACAGUUCAGCUUAAUGAAAUACAAAAUCUGAAAAGGAGGAUUGCAGAAUUGGAAGGCAAGGAAACUCGUAUUGACAUGGAGAAGAUUGCCAAGAAAAAGGAGAUUCAAGGAAAGUACAAGGCAGAAAUUCAAAGCUUGUUGUCAGACCCAACAAUCUUUGAAAUGGAGAUGGAUCUGCCUACAAAACAACCAACACAACCAGUUGAAGAGAAAGAAGAAGAAAAGAAAGAAGAAGAAAAGCAACAAGAAGAGAGAGCAGAAGAAAAUAAAGAACAAGAGAAGCAACAAGAAGAGAGAGAAGAAGAGAAGAAGCAAGAUGCUCCAACACCUGAUGUUCCUUCAAGAGUACAAAGGGUGAAGAACAGAGAAAGAAAGAGGCUUCAAGCAUCUUGCUAUGUGUACGAAAAAAAUAAGAAAACAAAAAAGGAGGCAAAAAAGGAUGAUGAAGAACUACCACAAUUCAAGCUUAUCUCUUCCGAGGAGUUAACACAAGAGGCAUCUCAGCCCGAUGCCACAAAUCCAAUUCCUGAUCCCCCAAAAGGAACGAGCCUUCAUGAUUCAAUACCUGUAGAUCUGCAACAAUCAAGUGAUGAAGAUGAAGGACAAAAAAAGCCAACAAAGAAAAAACUAGGAUGGGGUCAGAGGAAGGUGUGGCAGAAAAUUCCAAAGGCGGACAGGGAAAUAAUUGAAAAACACUACUUAAGUACUCAACUUCGAUAA